UGCCUCCCUCUCUGCGUCCCAAACAAAGUGUCACAAAGAGCUCGGCCCGCGGCUGCAGCGGAGGCGGCUGUAACUCAGCUUUUGUUCUCCUGGCCAGGGGUAGCUGAGCCCUGGCCUCCCUAUCUCCCAACCCUGCCCCCCCAUCAUCCUUCUGGCUUAUCUUUCCCGGGAGGAGUCUGAGGUGCUGCUGGGAAAACCUCUCGUGUGGGAUCAUAGGUCAUACCCUACUUGCCAACCUAUUUCUGGGAGGGGGAUUUUCCCAGAGGCUCUUUUGCCCACCCCCACCUCCCCCACUUCCCAGUCUGGGGACUGAAGCUCAUGUGGGUGCCUAAGACUGACUUUUCUAGGGUCAGCUUCAGUUAAGAGGAGUUAGGGCUGGCUAUAUGUCCCCCUUCCCCCAAUCCAGGUCCUCCAGAACUUUCAGAAUCGGGGUCAUGUUAGGACAUGCCUCAGGGAUAAGAUUCACCGUGGUGGGUUGGCAGCAGGUGAGCAGGUGUACCUUUGCCUUGCUUCCUGCUGUCCGUUUGGAGUCCAUGACUGAGGUUCCAUGGCCUCUACUGAGGAGAGUGAGGAUGGAAGGCCAGAGGCUUUACCAAGAACUAGGUGUAAAAGGCAGGCAAGCUGUGGAGAGGGGUAGAUUUGGAGGAGCUAUCUGAGCAGUUAGAUUCAGAGGGCCCGGUGAGGAGACCAUAAAAGUGAACAACUGGCACUUCUGUGUGAUCAAGAUAGUCUUGACUCUAGACCACCUAAGAAGCUCCCUUUCCUUUUAACCCCAUCUAGUGCAGUGGUAAUCAUAAUUGUUAGCAGACUUGGGAGGUGUAGUUUUCUCAACAGAGGGAAAAACAUCAAGUAUUAAAGAUAACCAGAGACAGAGGCCUAGUUAUAACGAAACCCCAGAAGUCCUGAACCCCUGCCCCUUACACUUUGACCCUAAAAACUUUUGAACCACAAAGCUUGAGGGACAAUCUUUGUGGUCCAUUUAGCAGAUGCUUCUAGGUACCAGUUGUUUCUAAGUCUUUUUACCAACCAUUCCAUCCUUUUCUAUUCAGUAAGGUUUGAUGGUCCACACCCCUUCCCCACCAGUGUUGUCUUAGCAUGUCAGAAUAAUUGGCCUAUUGCUUUUGAAAGAUUUCUGAUCUCUAUCCCAGGCCCUACAUCCCUAUGGAAUCUAAAUAAGGGCAAGAUAACCCCUGAUUCCCAGUGGGGGUGGAAAGUAGGUCAGUGCUACUGUCUGGCCAAGUCUCAUGGCAGUGUUUAAGGGCCGACUAUAGAAAACUCUGUGAUUAUUGUCCUCUGGCAAUACAUGCAUGACUUAGGAUCCAAGUCAGUUCAUAGAAUCCCAGUCCCUGUCAGUGCUUUUCUCUAUUGAGAAAAAAUCAUGGGCUCAGACACCUAGAACCUGGUUUGCUGUGGAGACGAUUUGGGAGAUCUUGACUGAGCCUAGGAAAGUCUCUCAGUGAGUUUUGUUGAUUUUAGGCCAUCUCCUGGGGAAACUUUCCCUGCUGGGGAAUUCAGCCUCAGUUUGGGCCUUCUUGUAUAUUACUGUAUUUCCAUCCUGUAACUUGUUAUGUGCAAAGUGGUUUUUUAUUGUUGUUUUGUUUUGAGAGGGGAGCUUUGCCCUCUUCCUACUUUUCUUGCCUCAGGUAUGAGGCCAGCUUCCCUUGAAGUAAUUUUGCUUGCUAUCCUAAAACAGUUUUAGAGGCCCUGGAAUCUUCUCAGAAUCAGACUAUGUGCGCAUAGGUUAGUCAGCUAUGACCAUGCAGUAUUCCCAGCUCCCCCUCUCCCCACCAUCUGCUUCCUCUGAAUAUACCAGAUUGGCUGUACACCAGGAUGUUCCGGGAAUCCCCAGGAGAGCAACAGAAUGUGAUGGACCCAAAUAUGAUGCCUCAGUAACUCAUUCCAGGAUGUGCAAACUGUGACUGUCGGGACACUCCUUAUAGCUAAUUAAAAUUCUUCUAGUUACAUCUAUUUUCUAUUACCUCUGUCUAUUUUCAGUGAUAUCCAAAAGGCCAAAAUAAUCCCUCUGGUAUCACUGGGUGUUUUUUUUUUUUUUCCUAUGGUUCCCAGAUAGGAGUUAAAAAAAAAUUCUUUAGCUUUUCUCAGUGCCUUAUCUGUGAUGCUAAAAUGGCAAACAGGGCCCCUCUAUCCCUUCAUAGCUCUAUCUAUGGUACUGAGGUGGCCAAAGUGGCUUCUCUGGUAGCCCACUGCACUCUCCAUGGUACUGAAGGAAUGACCAUUUAUUUUAACAUUUCUCUGGGGUCCAGAAGGGUCCUGUGACUUAGAAGCACAAAACUUUCUUCUAGCUGGCAGGGACUAUCAAUAUAAAUUAGUCCAACCCCCUUAUUUUACAGAUGAGUAAACUGAGAGGUUAAGUGAUUUACUGAAGGUUGUAGGGCUAUCAAUGGUCAGACUGGGCCCACAAUAGCCUUAUACCCCUCAGACCUGUUAUAACUCACCUUUCAUGAUACUAUUCAGUGAGCCCAGCUAGGCUCUUAGUCCCAGGAAGGGAGUUUAUUUGGAGAAUCCAGAGGAUGAGAGUAGGUGCCCUAGUUUGGAGCUAUAGAAAGACACGUAUUAAAUGGUAGUGGAGGUCAUCUAGUGACCCCUGGACAAGGACAUUUUGUUAAUUAACCUUCUGCUAAUAAUACUACUAUAGCCCAGAUUCCACAGGUAACAAGUACCUUCCCCUUAAUGGAGUCUUACCACAUCCACUAAAUGUUGAAAAUUAAAGAAGCCUUGGACCUCCAGAGCCUUUUCUCUCUGCUGAUAAGCAGGGCUGACUCUUGGCCCAGUUCUCUUCUAUUAAAGAUCCUUAAGCUAAAUAAUGCUUGAAUCCUUUUCUUUCUCAGUAACCCAUUUCAGUUUCAUAAUGCCUAUUGUAAGGAAGUUCUUUAUGUCUCAAAUAUUCUUUCUAUCUUAGGCAAAAAAAAUAGGUUAGGCCUACAUUCAUUUAGCCUUGACCAGGCACAAUUCUAUACGAAGGCAAAAAGGCAGACUGGAUGACUUCUGGUCAUCCUCUCAGCCCUAUUUCCAUGAAUCUUAAUUCUGGGGUUGCCUCUAAGUCCUAAUGUUGACCUCCUCUGCAGCUUAGAAUCAGGAGUACCUCCACCCCAUCCUCUUCCUCUCAGUGCUCUUCUGCUUUCCUAGCACUGGAGGUCUGCACGUCCCAGGCCUAGGGAAUUUUAGCCUGGAGAAUUUUAACCCCUUCCUGCUCAGAGCAUGUGCUGAGCCCCUAUCUGUGCAGAUGGCCCAGCCCCGCCCCCCAUCCCUCACUCCAGCCUCUUGAGCUCAGAGCCAGUGUAAUCCUCCUCUUGUGUGAGGGAGCCUCUCCCCUGCAGAGAGGAGGAAAGCCUGCCUCGGAACAGCCCUGGACAAAGGGGCUCAGAUGCCCCAUCAUACCACAGGCUCCAAGGUUUGAAACAAGGGGAUGAAUCCUACACGCUCCUCAGCACCUGUUGCCUUCAUUAGCAGCUUUUCCUCCUCUUCCCUGCACUCCCCAGAACCAAAGAAUGUGAAGGGGGUCCAUGGAGGGCUCACGUCCCCGUGCUCCAGGCGGCCACUUAGCGCCGUCGCCGCCAGCUUUCGACGGCGAGCUGGAUCUGCAGCGCUACUCCAACGGGCCAGGCGUGGGCGCGGGGUCGCCUGGGAUGGGAGCAGUGACCUGGUCUGAGAGUCGUGCAGGCGAACGGCGCUUCCCCUGCCCUGUAUGCGGGAAGCGCUUCCGGUUCAAUUCCAUCCUGGCUUUGCACCUGCGGGCGCAUCCAGGCUCCCAGGCCUUCCAGUGCCCACACUGCGGCCACCGCGCAGCUCAGCGGGCUCUGCUGCGCUCGCACCUGCGCACGCACCAGCCCGAACGGCCACGUAGCCCAGCUGCGCGCCUGUUGCUGGAGUUGGAGGAGCGCGCGCUACUGCGCGAGGCCCGACUGGGGAGAGCCCGAAGCACAGGGGCCAUGCAGACCACCUCUGCCACUGAGGGUCUGGCGCCGCCCCAGGCUCCUUCAUCAUCCGCCUUCCGUUGCCCCUACUGCAAAGGCAAGUUUCGCACCUCGGCGGAGCGGGAACGCCACCUGCACAUCCUGCACAGGCCCUGGAAGUGCGGCCUGUGCAGUUUCGGCUCCAGCCAGGAGGAGGAGCUGCUGCACCACAGCCUGACGGCCCACGGGGCUCCUGAGCGCCCCCUGGCGGCUACCUCCGCUGCGCCCCAGCCCCAGCCUCCACCCCAGCCUGAACCCAGAUCGGUCCCUGAGCCAGAGCCGGAGCCGGAACGGGAGGCAACCCCUGCCCCCGCUCCGGCUGCUCCCGAGGAGCCUCCCGCACCUCCGGAGUUCCGCUGCCAAGUGUGCGGCCAGAGCUUUACACAGUCCUGGUUUCUCAAGGGCCACAUGCGCAAGCACAAGGCUUCCUUCGAUCAUGCGUGUCCCGUGUGUGGCCGCUGCUUCAAGGAGCCCUGGUUCCUUAAGAACCACAUGAAGGUGCACGCCAGCAAGCUGGGUCCACUGCGCGCCCCGGCGCCCAGUUCGGGGCCUGCCCGGGCCCCCCAGCCUCCUGAUCUGGGCCUGCUGGCCUAUGAGCCUUUGGGCCCAGCCCUCCUCUUGGCCCCGGCGCCCACUCCUGCUGAGCGCCGUGAGCCCCCGAGCCUCUUGGGCUACCUGAGCCUGCGAGCUGGCGAAGGCCGACCCAAUGGUGAGGGCGCGGAGCCUGGCGCCGCUCGCAGCUUUGGAGGCUUCCGCCCACUGCCCUCUGCUCUCCCGGCCCGGGCUCGGCGGCACCGCACGGAGGAGCCGGAGGAGGAAGAGGAGGUGGUGGAGGCGGAGGAGGAGACCUGGGCUCGGGGCAGGUCGCUGGGCCCUCUGGCUUCCCUGCACCCGCGCCCGAGCGAGGGGCCAGGGCACUCUACGCCUGCUACGGGGGCCCAGGCAAGAUCGACCGCCACGCAGGAAGAGAACGGGCUGUUGGUUGGAGGGACCCGGCCUGAAGGGGGCCGGGGGGCCACCGGCAAGGAUUGUCCAUUCUGCGGAAAAUCUUUCCGAUCAGCGCAUCACCUUAAAGUGCACCUGCGAGUGCACACAGGUGAGCGCCCCUACAAGUGUCCGCACUGCGACUACGCGGGCACGCAGUCCGGCUCGCUCAAGUAUCACCUACAGCGUCACCACCGCGAGCAGAGGAGCGGGGCAGGCCCCGGGCCACCCCCAGAGCCACCUCCCCCUUCCCAGCGGGGUUCGGCCCCGCCGUCGGGAGCCAAGGCGGCUCCGCAGCCUGCAACCUGGGUUGAGGGCACCGCAAGCCCCCGGCCUCCUUCCAGUGGUGCCGGGCCGGGGUCCCGUCGGAAACCCGCCAGUCCCGGGAGGACCCUGCGCAACGGGCGAGGCGGUGAGGCCGAACCCCUGGACCUGUCCCUGCGGGCUGGGCCAGGAGGCGAGGCCGGGCCGGGGGGUGCCCUCCACCGUUGCCUCUUCUGCCCCUUUGCCACUGGAGCCCCCGAGCUCAUGGCCUUGCACCUUCAAGUGCACCACAGCCGCCGGGCUCGGGGCCGCCGGCCACCCCAGGCUGACGCAUCCCCUCCUUAUACCCGAGCACCAUCAGGAUCGACCCCUCCCAGUCCCUUGCAGGAAGGGGAGGAGGGCCCCGGGCUGUCGAGAUCGGGAGAGGCGGGGCUGGCGGGGCAAGAACGGUAGGGAGCCCUCUUAGGGGCGAUUAGCUUAGUGAGUUUUACCCCGCCGGAGCGGGGGAGCGCUAGAGGUAGUUGGGUAGAGCAGCCAGCAGGGGGCAGCGUGGGACCCAUAUCCCAGCCCCAGGCGGACCAGAGGUGAGGGGGCGGUGGGCGUAUGAAGGUGGGCGGGCGGUACCCACCCAGCCCGAGGGAGUCACAGUGCCUUAGAAGUGGCAGAGGUGAGGGUCAAAGAACGGGGUCCCAGGGCUGGCAGAGAAGGUUGUGUCCCUGUUGAGGAGCCACUCUGCCAGUCUUUGCUGGUCCAUAGGCGUGAGAGUUUAUUUUUGUACAAGGGGUGGGGGUGGGGGGCACUGUACCCUUCUUGCCCCAUCAGGGGCCCUGUAGACGUCGCUAUUUUUGGUACGAUUCCUGUCAUCCCUGUCGCAGAGUCGUGUCCCCAAUAAACAGGUGUCUUGAGGCACAGG